CAGACCGCGCUGGUCUGGAAAUAGAGCAGCGGUAUGUGGACUAGAGGAGGACCAGGGUCAAGAGGAGACCUGAGGAGACCAGACCGACCCGGACUCCGCAGUCCUGCGCAUUCAGGACCGGAAUAAGCAAAGGAGAGAGAGAGAGAUAAAGUCAAAGACAAAGAAAGAGAGAGAGAGAGAGAGAGAUACAAAGAAAGAGAGAGACAGAGAUCGACUGACGGCUCCUCCAUGUGAGACGCGCCGUCCUUGUGUUGAGGUGAGACGUUCACUGACCGCUGCGUUAGUCUGAGCAUCACCGAGCCUUUCUUUAUUUAUCCUCGUUUACCUCUCAAUUCAUGUUUUCUUUCUUAUUCAGAGGUUAUACUUUUAUUUAGAAUAGACGGUAAAAACCUGAUUUCUUGUUUCACACAAAUCACCUACUCUCUUCCAGCAGCUGUUUGUUUGUACAGAGACCUCAGGCCAGUCCAUUACGGACUACAGCGGGGUGCCGCAGCUCAAGGAAGAACAUUUAUUAUCAUUUCUUUAUCAUUUCCUUGAAGUAAUAAUCACCAUAUUAAUCAUUUUACAGACGCGGUAGUUCUUCUGUCUUAGCGUCUCGGUCUGAUUGUAUUUCCAUGAAGAAAUGAUCAUAAAUGUUCUUCCUUGAGCUGCGGCACCCCGCUGUAGUCCAUAAUGGACUAAUGUAUCUAAUGUACUCAAAUAUAAUCUAAUGUAUCAAACAAGAUAAAUUAAUAUGUUUGUUAAAUUUUAAGGACAUUUUGAUUUUUUUUGGUUUGUAAAGGAAACAAACAUUUCAGCUCUAAAAAAGGAGCUAUGUACGGUGGCCGUAAAGGUCAACGUCACAAAUAUUUCAAAAAGGCUAUAAAAAUGUUUUCAUAAAUCCCUAAAACAUUUCACAAAACAAAAAGAUGUUUUACAUGUACACAAAAUAUAUUAUAAAAUAAAAAAAGAAUUAUAAAAACCUAAAAAUAAUUUUGAAAUAAAAAAAUGUUAAAAUUUUUUUUGUAGCUGCGAAUAAAUUCUGAAAACAAGGACAUAUUUGAGAAAGAAAAAAUAUCAAUAAACAACAUUUAUUUUGUUAUCUUGUUUUCCAGAUUUAUUUCUGUCGCUUUAAAUAUUUCAGAUUUUUAAGGAUUAUUAUUAUUUUUAAUAAAGAAGAUUAAUUGUGUUUAAAAGGUAUUCUGGUUUUAGGAAAUAAUUUUGUAUUUAUUGAAAUGUUUUUGUGUUUCAUAAAUUUGUUUUAUUGUUCUCCUAAAAUCGUAUUUCAACUGACCUUCAGGGCCACCGUAGAGUCAUCCAUAUUUUAUUUUUUAACAUUGUCGUGACUUUUUUUUUUUUUUAUUGUGGAUUUUAGGAUCACGAGUUUUUUACAGUAAGGGGCGCAGGUGACAGACAGGCAUGUCGUAGCGUUUCUCCGGUCACAUGACUACUCUUCUCUCUGAGCAGGUGUCUGUUGAACGUCAGGACCUGAGUACGGAAGCCUGUGAGGGUCAAAUCUCCAGGAUGCAGCAGCUCUGUAAGGUCACUAAGUGUCUGUUCAUCAGCAACGCCCGCUCUGCCUGCAGCGACGACCUCAUCCAGCAGGAGGCGGUGACGCUCUGCAUCAACGUGUCCAAGCAGCAGCCGUUUCCCACCGCCGACGGCAUCAAGAAGCUGCAGAUCCCCGUCUACGAUGACCCCAACGAAGACCUGUACGCACACUUCGACCGCUGUGCGGACGCCAUCCAGAAGGAGGGGAACCGCGGAGGACGCAGCGUCGUUUACUGCAAGAACGGACGCAGCCGCUCGGCCACCGUCUGCAUCGCCUACCUGAUGAAACACCGCAAACUGACGCUGACGGAGGCGCUACAGGUGAGUGAGUCCGACUUCACCUGGUGAUAAUUAAAAACGGUGUUUGAGAUUAUUUCUUAUAUUUCAUAUUUACGGUGGCCGAGAGCCGCGACUGCUGCGAAUAAAAAAGAAUUAAAAAAAAAAGAAGUCACAACAGAAGUUACUGAUGCAAGAAGAAGAAACCGAAGCUCGCUGCAAAUAAAAAGAAAAGGUGCAGAUUUUAAAAAAAGAGCUACAGCAGAAGUUAGCGACGCAAAUAAAGUGGUGAUGGAAAAAUUUUUUUUACUGACUGCGAAAAUAAAAAGAUGCAAAUAAAAAUAGCCGCUACAGAAGUGAGCUUUAAAUUUUUUUGCAUCAUUAAUUUCCGUUGUGGCGUCUUCUUUUUGCAUUCUUUUCUAUUUGCAGCUGUGGCGGUUCUCAGCCACCGUACAUAUUACAUGAGUUCAGGUUUCACAGACAUGCGCUCAAACUCGACUCCUGCAGCAGGAUCAGAUAAACUCUAAUGAAUAACCCGGGAUUUCCACCACAUCCUGAUCGUCUGCCGAUUCCUGUUCAGUACACAGGUCACAGGUAGGCAGUCACACAGGUAGAAGUAUCCAAACAGAAAGGCAAAAACUAAAGUCUAAAAACACAAUUAAAAUAAAAAAACAGGAAGAGAAACACGAGGGAAACGUUUGACACAGAGGACCAAGACGGAGUGGAGAGAAGGCUGAGCUUAAAUACUUACAGGGAGGGUCGAUAACGAGACACAGGUGGACCACAUCAGGCCAAUCAGGGAGCAGGACUCACAAGAGACCUGAAACAAGAGUCAUGAGUGAAUUUCAAAAUAAAACAGGAAGGACAAGAAACAUGAGGAAGGCUGAAUAAAUAAACUAAAGACAUGAGAAAAAGAAGAAUCAUCACAUCCACGUGUCGUGUUUACAAACCCUUACAGAGGUUUCAUUUUGGACAUGAUGGGACAGCUGCUCUGUAAAGACACUCCUCAGUAUUUGUUUGUGUCUCUCUGCUCAGAAGGUGAAGACGGCUCGUCACAUGAUCGAUCCGAACCCCGGCUUCAUGUCGCAGCUGCAGAGAUACGAGCAGGAGCUGAAGAAGAGGCGAGGAGAGACGGACUGACGGCGACAAAGACGGACCGACAGACGGCGGGACGUUGGUCUGAUGGAUCUGUACUCACUGUGAUUCAGAUCUAAAGAUAUUUUAUCCUGGGCUUCAGGCGAGGCAGCUUUAUUUAUAUCACACUUAUAUAUCACAACCAGUUAUACAAACUAGAACAAGAAAACACGGCAGUUUUAAAGCUCAGUUAAAUGACAUGUAUGUUCCAUUUUGGCAGCUUCUGCAGCAAAUAGAGAAAGUAAAAUUAGAAAGUGAAAUAAAACAGAUUAGAAAUAUUUCCUAGUAGUUCAGACGAAAAUCAAGAAUUAAACUCAAUAAUGGAGUGAGAUAGUUUAAUCUGAAUCCUCAGCCUAAAUGAUGUUUCAGGAUAUCUGAAGAGUUUGAUGUAUAACAGCUGAUUUAUGAGACAGAAGGUGAACUAAUUCAGGUGUGACUGAGACCUUCUCAUUCAUCAUCACGAUGACCUCAGGGUUUUCUUUCCAUCGCUCAGUAAAUACUGAGAUUUGAACUGACAUGUAUCAUCAGUUUAAAUAGUGUCUGAGUUCAACGUUUCCCUUCGUCAGUCUGAAUAUUUAAAGAAAGUCUCUGUAAAGUCAAAAUGUCGGUGUUUUCUCGACUGUGAACUCGUCUUUAUUCGACUUUGAUGAAAUGUUCCUGUGUCUGAUUUAAACAUUGAUGGUCGCAGUUCCACUUUGUACCUCUAGAUGGAAGCAUUUACACACAUAGUGAUGCAGUGAGUGAGUCAGUGUGGUGACGGUCUGUGUUGUCAGGUUAGUGUUGAACUAUAAUGUAACUUCACUCACAUCAACAACCUUCAAACAAGAGUUAUUAGAGACUCGACUGAAAGCUGAGCUCUGAGGUUAUUUUAGAGCGCUGCAUCUGUCUGAACCAGCGUUACAUCAGGAUACUGCAGAUUUUAAGGAUUUUUUUUAGAAAGUCAUUAUUUAUUUAUUUAUUUGUUUGUUUUUAUUUUCUCCUAAAAUGACAGAAACUGAACACAUUUUUCAUUUUGCAGUUUUCUGAAAUAUAACGACCUAGACAACUUUUUAAUUAAACAUGAAGUCAUAAUAACUUCAGUAGAGGAAGCACAGCUUUUAGUCAUGACAGAGACACUGAUUCACCUCUGAACUCGAACCUCAGACACUCAGCUCGUCCACAAUAAUAAGCACAAAGUUUCGAUAAGAUGCUCCAACAUUUACGUCAAAAUACUUGAAAACAUCUGAAUUCACCUGUAAGUAAUAUUAACACUUCAGUUUCUGUUUUAGUGUAAAGUUUUAGACGUAUUUAACUCGAGGUGCUGUAAAUAGUUGACACUUCAACAACAAACCUUUAAAUGUCUUAAAAUGUAUUUAUUAAUAAAAGUUAGAGCUCAGGUUAAUGAACAUUAUUCUACUCUAGGCCAGCUGUACCUCAGGGGGGCGUUUAGGUCUGUAGUGGGUACAUAGAACCAAGAUGGAGGAUCUGAACCCGUUAGAACAAAAACUCGUUGAUUUUAGGCAAAGAAUAAAUUCAUUUAGAGAGCGCGUACCGCUGAACUGAGAUUAGAAGAGGGUGCGAGAGUUAGCCGACAAGCCAAACAGCUAACAAAUAAGCUAACUGCCGAAACUAUUAGCAAAAUAUAAAAGUGAUUCAAAUCAAAUUACAAGGUUAAUUUGAUUUGCAAAAGUUUGAUUAUUUAAUGAUUUAAUAUUUAGCUUAAAGUAACGGGAAAUCUGCGGAAAAAUAUGGAAUUAGAAGAAAUUUUAAAAAGUCGCAGAUAAACAUCAAACAAGAACAUUAAAUAAAAAUAAAACUUAAAGUUUAAGGGUGUCGCAAAAUGGAUGAAUUUGUUAGCUAAAGAUAAUUAUUAAAAAAUAAACUUGCUAAAGUAACUUAGUACAUUAGCUUUAACAGCAAAUUAAAAAUAUCAGAGAAAAUUCUGUGAAAAUAACUGAACCUUUAGCACCUUUUCUCAUAGUUUGUUCGGUUAAUUUUUUCUAUAAAUGUCACAACUGUUUUCCUCUAUUUUAGCUCAGAACUUCAACCCGUUACUUUAAGCUAGCUGAAAAGAUAGCAAAGAAAGUAUAAAGUCAUUUAUCGUAAUGUACAAAGGGUCAAUUUAGCUAAGAUUAUAAGGAGAGUACAUGAGCUAGCUUACAAAACGGAUUAAGUUUGUAUAAACAGCUUGAACAAUUGUGUAUCAGAAAUAAUGAACAGCGAAAACAGCUAACGACGAUAUUUACCUAGCGCUUGUCCAAAAACAGAGGACAGCUGGUUAAAAAAGUCGACACGAAAAGAACAGUUAGCUAGCCGAAGCCAACGCUAAAUCAUGAAAAAGCUAGCCCAAACAGUGAACAGCAAAAACUAGCUAAAAGUGACGCAUUAGCGAUAGAAACAAGCUAAAAAAAACGAUUCAUCAUGAAACAGACGGCUCAAAGUAAACAGCAGAAUAAGCUCGCUAAAACAAUGUAUACAAAAGCUAGCUUGUUGCUGCCAUGAAACAGCUAGCCUCAGGUUAUGGAUAAGUUAAAAACGAAUCCUUUAUCUCGACUUAGAAGCA